GCACACUGUACUUCCUCAAGCGCGGGAGUCUUGUUUGUGUGGCUUCUGCCAAGCCGCUGUAGCAGCGCUGCCGUUAGAGGCUCCAUUUUCCCGAGACGUUUGGGUGGGUCGUUUGAGGCAAAAUGGCACGGGGCGAGAGAGCUGCGGGUGGCCUCCAUGGAGGGGCCCCCACGACCUCAGGCUGCCUGUAGGGAGGGGUCGCUGGAGCCUGCGUUUGCUUCCAUUGAAGUCCCCGUGCCUCCCGUGAAGAUGAGCUCGGCCUCGGUCACUUCUUUCGAGAAGCAGCAUCUCUGGAUGUUUCUGCAGGCGCUCGGCUUCGAGCCGGGCCCGGCGACCCUCGCCUGCGGGAAGAUCGUGUCGCACACGCACCUAGGAGUGAACAUGUUUGACAAGCUGAACCGUGACGCCUUUCAAAUAGUUUCUUACUUUUUGUUUCAAACACUGGAUGAGUCCCUUACCAAAGAAGUUUUCAAAUUUUGCUGGCCUCCAUUUGACCAAAAAAGUGACACUGAAUUCCGGAAACAUUGCUGUGAAUGGUUAAAAAAGAUUUCUGCUGAAUGUGGAAGUAGCUUUCCUCAAGUUGUUGGCUCAUUAUUUCUUUCUCCUGGUGGUCCUAAGUUUAUUCAUCUGAUGUAUCAUUUUGCACGAUUUGUUGCAAUAAAAUACAUUAAAACCAAUGCUAAAAAUUCUUCUCUACGUUUUGCAGAGACAUUUAAUGUAAAGCCACAAGAUAUGCACAAGUGCAUUGCCAGAUGCCAUGUAGCACGUAACAGAUUUUUACAAAUUUUGCAAAGAGAAGAUUGUGUUAUCCAAAAAUAUCGGGAAAAUGCACAACUAUCAGUUAAACAAGUACGAAAUUUGAAAUCAGAAUGUAUGGGACUACAAAACCAAAUUAAAAAAACGGAACCCUAUGAUGACCAAAGUAAUAUACAAGAGAAAAUUCAAAAGGUUCAGUCUCUGUGGACUUCAGUGAAUGAAACACUCGUGUUUUUGGAAAAAGAGAGAGAAGUUGUUAGUUCAGUGCUUAAUCUUGUUAACCAAUAUGCUUUAGAUGGAGGCAGUGUUGUUAUUAAUAUUCCAAGGCUCUUACUGGACAAAGUUGAGAAACAAAUGUGUCAGUUGCACAUAGGAAAUGUUUAUGAGACUGGAAAAUUGAACCUCUUAACAGUUAUUCAGUUGUUAAAUGAAGUCUUGAAAGUAAUGAAGUAUGAACGUGGUCAGACUGACCAAGCAAGAUUGACUGUAGACCUUCAAUACCUUGAAAAAGAGACCAAAGUCCAGAGGGAAAGAUUAUCAGAGCUGGAGCAUAUGAGGUAUAAAAUAAAAGAAGAUCUCUCAAAUAUAAGACAUUCUAUUGUUGAAAAGCAAAGAGAAUGGCAUAAGAAGUGGAAGGAAUUUCUUGGUCUGUCUCCUUUCAGUCUAUUGAAAAGUUGGACUCCAGCUGUGGAUCUUUUACCACCUAUGUCCCCCCUUUCAUUUGAUCCUGUCUCAGAGGAAGUAUAUGAGAGGAGUAUUCUAUUUCAGUAUCCUGCUUCACUUUCAGAUACAUCUAAGCAACAUAACCUAGAAAAUGGCUGCAGAAGAGACAUGGAUACCUUGGGAGCUGUGUGUGAUCUAGCUAACAGCUCUGACUCUUUCCGAUUGCAGCCAGCUUCAUCAUCAGAUAGAAAAAGUGUCUCACUACUUGAAAAGGAAUCAAAGAUGAGAACUCCCAAAGUGAAAAAUGAAAUGAUUUCUGAGAAAAGACCUGAGUUUGAAGUGGGCGUCUCUUUAUCAGAUAUUGCAAAGAACAGUGCAUUUGAACAGUCUGUGCCAGCCAAAAAGAGUGAUCCAUUCCAGACAGAACAAGAUCAUUUGGUAGAAGAGGUUGCCAGGGUAGUUUUAUCUGAGUCACCACAAGUCUCUGGAGGAAAAGAAGUAAAAUUAGAAGAACUAAUUGACUCUCUAGUUUCUAACCCCUUCUUAACAAGGAGUCAAAUUCCCCGAACUCCAGAAACCUUGAUAACUGAAAUUAGGAGCUCAUGGAGAAAAGCAAUUGAAGUUGAAGAUAAUAGAAGUACAGAACCAGAUCAAGAGGAUGCUGAACAUAGAGAAGUAUUAUCAAAAUCUUCACCUGUAUUGUGUAAUAAAAGGGAAUUUAGCAUGGCCAGUUUUUUCUCAGAUUUUGGCAAGUCUCAUUUGCCUGAAGAGAAAGUUGUUUUAGAUUGCCUCAAGGGUGUACCUCAGAAACAUGUGGUGACCAGUCCUAUAGGUGAAACCCCAAAAGAAAAUCAGUCAGAUUUGUUAAAUAAGAAAAUAAUUAGUAAGCAAGAUUUAGAAUAUACACCUUUACCAACCAAGCUUUCAGAAACUAGCCAAAUAGAAACAUUCUCCCCUGCUGUAGGCAGUAGAACAGAUGUGAAGGGUAGAAAUGAAGAGGAGUAUAUUAAACUAUUAGAUCACUCACAUACUUCUUAUAAUGAACCUUUUAUGCAUAAAACUAUGUUAUGGGACUCUUUUCAGAUACCAAGUAAAAUUAGUUCUAAGAAUCUUAAGGAUAUGGAUUUGAGCAUUUUGCAUGAAACUCUUCCAGAAAUUGGUCACCUAAGUCUUAAUAGCUCUAGGAGUUCUGAGAUCAAUUUUAAACUGGAACCAAAUAGUUCUAUGUACAGCAGCAUUUUUCCAGAUGAUGUGGAAAAAGUGCAGACUACCCCAGAACCAGACUUCAACUUACAGGUUAUUCGCAGUCAUUAUGAGGCCCUAAAGAAAUCUCUUUCCAAAAUAAGGGAAGAAUCUUACCUCUCUAAUCCUGAAACACUUGAAAGACACAAACUAGAACUGAUUCAUACAUCCAAAAACAUGCAAGAAGAUGAUAUGCUUAGCUUUUUGGACGCUGAGGAUUUACUCAUUGACUGUACAAAGCCAUCUUUACACAUGUCCCUCGAUGAAAAAAAAGUCCUAAAACUGAAUUGCUUUUUUUUGCAGAAGAAAAUCUUGAAUAAGAGCCUUGAUGCAAAGGAAUCUCUGACUUGACAAAUGAAGCAGGUACCCAGCUAACUUACAACGAUGCACUUAACUUGAAGCUGUGUCACAGAAUAGAAGCCGACAUAUAAGUUAAAUACAUGUUGGAACUGAAAUGCUUGUUUUCCAAGGUCUAAAAAAAUCCUAAUGUGCUUUAGCUUCUUGUAAUGUUUUUAGGUAAGGGAAAUAUGUUUGGAGUUUUUCUUUGUAGAGCUAUCAGGUUGAAAUGUGAAGUAUUUGGGAAGCAGAUGUUAAGUUAUAGAAAGUUUGAUUUCUUGAAUAAUCUUGUAAGCAAUAAAUGACAAAAGUGGUAGUUUAUUAUAAUUUCAGUAAAUGAACAUAAGAAUGAGUAGUUCAAAUGUACUUCCACUAAGUGGUUAAUAGCAGCUGAAGCUGGACGCCGGUGGCUCAUACCUAUAACCCUAGCUGUUCAGGAGGCAGAGAUCAGGAGAUCCUGGUUUGAAGCCAGCCCAUAGGCAAAUAGU